AUGGACAGAAGCGUAGGCCUGAUCUCCUUUAAGGCCACUCUGAAAGAGCUCUCCAGUGUCUACGACCACAAAAAUUUCAAAGCGGCGACAGGAGGCGACUUGGUCACCGCUGGCUCUAUGUCCGAAGACGACUGGGCACUAGUGCUUCGCAACACCAAUUUCCUUAGUGGUCAGCGCAUUGUCUUCUCGAUGAAUGCAAAUGGAAGUCGAACUUUCCAAAGACUUGACAAGGGUCCGCUCGCUAACUUCAAAAUUCCUCACUACGCUGUUACGGACGACUCCUAUGUCAAUGUAUUUGAGACCGCGAGUGCUCUUUCGAACAGUGUUGCGAAAAGCCACUUCUCGCAGACGGACAUUGAAAUAUCCGCUUAA